GUUAACCUUUAAGACUCGCCUAGCCCAACUUUUCUUUCUCCAUUUUCUUCACCACUCUGUCCUGCACCACACCAGCUGCUGGCAAUUGGUGCCCAAACAGGGACCACUUGAACCUGGGAAGAUUGAAGAGAGUUUGAAUGUGAUACAGUGGCACCUUACCAGUUGGAGCUCCACUAAAAGAAGAACAGAGAGGACAAAUUAGGAAAUGGCUGAACCAACCAGGAAUAUGAAUGUAAUGGACUCUCAUUGUGCUACAAGAAUUGAUGAAAGAGACAAUUUUGGAGAAACCUGGAAAGUAUGAACUGAUGCAGAGUGGUCCAGAGCAGGACCAGGAGAACAGUUUUUACCAAAACAGCAACAUAAAAGGAAAAACAACUUUGAAAGUCUUAGAACUCUGAUCAGAGCAAUGACCAGCCAUGUCUCCAGAGGACCAAUAAUGAAGCAUGUUACUUUCUCCUGGGAGAUAAGAGACACAAGAUGUAGAGAGAGACAGACAUUCUUGGACAUGUCUAUGAUCAACCCAAGGCCAGCUGGAGCCUGCUGCCUUCUCCAAGAAGCAACUUUGGAUUUAUUGACUUUAGACACGGGAUUCAGGCAGGAGCUGCUGAAAGAGGAGGAAAGUCCUUUCUGUCUGCUUGGCCAAAGGAGCUACUAUCAUGGCCAGGCUUCAGGUGACUGAAGUCUUUAGGGGCAUCUCCAUGCCAGGACAGCUGCACACCCAAGAGAGCCUGCACGCUGCCACCAACUUCCAGUUUCAAGACACAGAUGUCCUCUUGGUCACCUUCCCAAAGUCAGGUACAACCUGGAUGCAGCAAAUCCUGAGUCUCAUCUUUAACAAAGAGGAUCUCCAGAACAUCCAGAGCAUACCUACCUGGGCUCGGGUCCCCUGGAUUGAGCAGAUAUACUUAUCAAACUAUUUGCCUCAGGUGGAGGCAUCCAAACCACGCCUCUUCACCACUCACUUCCCUGCCAAAUUACUGAUCCAUAAUCUGAAGAACUCCAAGGCUCGAGUGGUGUACCUGGCACGCAACCCAAAGGACGUCCUGGUCUCCUACUAUCAUUUCCACAAGUUGGCAAAGUUUCUGCCAGAAAUUGGCUCCUUUGAUGACUUCUUUGACCAGUUCCUGGAGGGCAAAGUGAAUUUUGGUUCCUGGUUUAACCAUAUAAAGGAAUGGCUAGGUGUCCAGCAAGAUCUGAAUUUCUUUCUGAUCACUUACGAAGACCUCUCCCAGGACCCUCAUGGGGCUGUCCAGAGCCUGUGCAACUUCCUGGACCAGCAGCUGGAAUCCAAAGAGCUCGAGAACAUCCUACAUUACUGCAGUUUUUCCUUCAUGAGUCAAAAUGAGCAGCUCAACUAUUCCCUUAUCCCUUCAGAGGUACUUGACCACAGCAUGGGAAAGUUUAUGAGGAAAGGUGUAACAAGAAACUGGAAGGAAUACUUCUCACCUGAGCAGAAUGCCAGGUUCAAUAAUGUCUACCAGGCAGAGAUGGGAGAUCUCGCUGUUAAACUGCCCUGGUCUCUGGACUGACCAGGAAAACAAAAACCAGACCCCUUCAUUGGCAGGCUGAUCACUGUAGUGAUGCUUCACCUCUACUCUGCCCCAUACCCUCACACCGCUACAUUGAUAAGCUAUGGGCUGUCCAGAAGGGGGAAGACAGGAUGGUAAGGAGCCUCACAUUCUUGUGGAGGGGGCAAAGCCUGACUGAGGAUAGCCCACUGGUAGUUCAAGACUCAUGGUGGAACAAAAUAAGACACUCAUAGGUUAUUCGAUAGUUAACAGAAGGAAAGUUACUUAGCCAUGAAGGGCAAUUCACUUCCUUCUGAGAAGAGUAGAUUUCCUUCUGCAUGGAGUGGCUGGACCUGGAGUCAGGAAGACCUGAGUUCAGAUCCAGCCUCAGACACCUCCUAGCUAUGUGACCUUGGACAAGU